AUGCAUACAGGGCUUGUGUGGAUGGCGUUGGCCUCCACAGCAGCAGCGAACAUCUUCCCAUUGAUGCCAGAGCCAACGGAGCUGUUCGCGCCUGAUAACGCUUUUUUCGACCUGCCUCCACAGCCGAUAUCGGCUCUUGGAGCUUCGGCAUGGCCCUUUCUGUUCACGCCGUCGGACGCACUAGGAGCACCGUAUACACAAGCUACACUUGGGCCUGGAGUGACGUUUACUACGUCCCGUAGUAGGGGUAGUACGGCACCAGCGUGGGCGGCUUCGACUGCCAUGGGAUCAAAUAAUCAGGGCUCAAUGGCUAGUACCACACAUGGUGUUAGCAGUAGCAGUCCUUCAGAUGUAAACUACUGCGUCGGAAAUCAGCAAAGUCAGCAGCCGACAGAGUACUGGCUGCAGACACAGGAUCAUACCAGUGAUGCACGCGGAUACGCUCCUUAUAUCCAGGGCAAUCCUCACUACCCUGUAUACCGCGACGUUAUAGAAUAUGGGGCCAGAAACGAUGGUUCCGGAAAUCAAACAGAAGCGCUCCAGAAUGCCAUCGAUACUGAUGGUAUGGGAGGCUCUCGCGAGGGCAAGGGUAGCACAAAUAUGCCUGCCGAAGUAUUCUUGCCGGGGGGUGUAUACACCCUUGGAGGAACUCUAACCUUACGUCUAGGAACAAUCAUUGUGGGAGACCCAUUGAAUAGACCGAUAAUCAAAGCGAGCCCUGAUUUCGUGGGGACAAGUCUUGUGAAUGGUCAAGACCCGGCUAGUGGACAUCCAGAGACUGUCUUUCUGGUUGCCAUGCGAAAUGUCAUUAUUGAUACAACGGCGAUUGAUCCGUCUAUUACAUUUACUGCCUUGCAAUGGGGUAUUGCUCAGGGUUGUUCGUUGGGUAAUGUUGAUAUCAACAUGCCUCAGGGGUCGAAUGGACAUAUUGGUAUCCAUUUGAAUGGUGGAUCUACUAUUGCAGUUACUGACGUGACAAUAAAUGGCGGUGGAAUCGGCAUCCAAGACUCAAACCAACAAGUGAACUUCAAAAACAUCCGCUUUAAUGGUUGUCGGACCGGCUUCGCCGCUACUGGAGGUUUUACUGUGGUUCUCCAAGCGGCAACCUUUGAGAAUUGUGGCUUAGGCAUUGACAUGACCAAGAAUUCUCUCGGAUCAAUGGUCGUGUUGGACUCUACAUCAACUAAUACCGGCAUGCUCGUCAAAUUCCAUGAUUCUUCAAACGACCCUGGAAACCGGAAUAGCCAGAUCGUUAUUGAGAAUCACAAUAGUGACGGACAAUUCCCUCUCGCCUCCACAUCGGAUGGCAGAACAGUGCUCAACGCUCAGAACCACGUUGGCACUUGGAUUUAUGGCAAUGAUAUCCCAGGCGUCUUUGCACCUGGCCAGUUUAGUUAUACAUCUCGACCAAGCGCCCUCUUGGACGGCAGUGGUCGUUACUUCAUGCGCAAGCCACCGGACUACGCAAACUACCCAGCUGACCGAAUCGUGAAUGUGAAGCAAGUCGCCGGCCAGGUAGUCAAAGGAGACGGUGUAACGGACGAUUCGACGAGUCUGAACGCUAUUCUGCGCGACAACGCCGCCAACUGUCGCGUAUCCUACUUCCCUUAUGGAGUCUACCUUCUCCGUGACACCCUUUUCAUCCCCCCCGGAAGCAGAAUCGUUGGCCAAGCAUGGGCAGUCCUAUCCGGUGCCGGCGGCGCAUUCACAGAUCCCUGGAACCCGCGCCCGGUCGUGCGAGUCGGUUAUCCAGGCGACGUCGGCGUGGCCGAGAUCCAAAACAUGCGGUUUACUGUCUCUGAGGUGCUUCCCGGUGCAAAGAUACUCGAAAUCAACAUGGCGGGCUCUAGUCCGGGAGACGUCGGAUUGUGGAAUACUUUGACGACUGUGGGUGGAACAGCGGAUACCACCGUGUCAAACAGCUGCGUCAACCAGGAUGCUCGUACCUGCAUGGCGGUAUUCAUGCAUGUCCAUCUCUCGGGGACGUCCUCGACCUAUAUCGAGAACCACUGGGGGUGGACAGCAGACCACAACCUUGACGGGGGACCAUCCGCAAUCAUCAUUGCGGGGGGCCGCGGUAUACUCAUCGAAUCCACAAAGGCAACAUGGCUUGUAGGCACAAGCUUCGAACACAACUGGUUGUAUCAAUACAACAUGCACAAUGCUCGGAAUGUCUAUGCGGGGAUGAUGCAAACAGAGACACCCUACAUGCAAGGCAAGGGAGCAGUCGAAACCGUCCCAUCACCCUGGGCUAUAUCAAGUCCAUACCACGACCCAGACUACAGCUGGUGCGACGCAAGUGACCAACGCUGCCGCUCAGCGCUGGCCACGAACAUCGACGGCGGCUCCAAUAUGAUGUUGUAUGGCUCAGCGGCAUGGACAUUCUUCGAAGGGCAGUGGAAUGGAUUGUAUAAUACGCCCUGCGCUAAUGGGGUAUGUCAGAGUAAUAUGAUGCGAGUAACCAAUAACCCCCAAAAUCUGGCGUGGUAUUCAAUCAGCACCAAGUCAAGUGAUGUUAUGAUUCUGGAUGGGUUGACUGAUCCAAGAGAGUAUAAUAAUCCGGGUGGAUGGUCAGGGCUUAUUCAGGCUUAUCGGCAAUUUGCUUAG